UAUACAAGUUUCUUUGUUGUUUCACUGCCUCAUUUUUUUACAUGUCACUAGUUUGGGAGAAUGAGUAGGAAAGGGAAGGAAACUUUGGUAGAGACAGAGGGUGGUAAAUUUAAAUGGGAUAAUGACUCUACCAAAAUUUUCUUGGAUAUGCUACAUGUUUGGAAGAAGAAAAAUAUUGGCCUAUUGAAGUGGGAUAAAAUUUCGGAAGAGUUUAAGAAAGUUAGUGGGUUGAGCUGCACCCCACAGAAGUUGAAGACGAAACACGACAAUAUGAAACAGAAUUGGCAGUUGUUUAAUAGGCUUAUGACUGUUGAGACAGGUCUUGGCUUCAAUUCUGAAACAGGCAAGGUCCAGGCAAGUGAUGAUUGGUGGGCAGCUCGAAUUCAGGAGAAUAUUAACUUCAAGAAGUUUAAGACAACUGGAUUGCCUCUACGUGAAGAGCAAGAUAAGUUGUGGGGUGGCCAAACAGCUACUGGGGAUGACUGCUUCACUCCUGCUAUUGUAGUGGAGGAUGGAUUUCCUGAAACCUUUGGAGAUGAUUGCUACACUCCACAACCAUUUCAAGCAGAUUCAGAACAUUUUUUUGAUACUAUGUCAACUGGUUCAUCACCUGUGAAGGCAAGCACACCACUUCAAGGUUCUGCCUCAACAGUUUGAAGCCGCAAGAGGAAGAAAGCCACGACAGAAGAUGUAAAGGAUCCUGAGUUUAAGGGAAUGUGUACUGAAGUUCAAUGCACAAGCAAAGAACAAUGAUCGUAUUUUGCUUCUAAAAAAGAACACUACGAGGUAAAAAAGGAAAUUGCAUACGAGAAGAAGGAAAUUCGCCAAAAGAAGACAGAACCAAUGCCUCCUGUUGUUCCAGUUCCAGUUCGGUAGCCAGUGCAGCCUAUUCAGCCUUUGGUUCCAGUUGAUCCAUCAUACGAUGCAUUUGUGAAGGCCUUAGUGGAGUUAGACCUUGAAUUUGCACAUCCUGAGAUGUUUUACUUUGCUGUGGAACUAUUCUUUUCGACUCCGCACAGGCAACUGUUCUUGGCUUUACCAGUUAGUGCUAGUUAUGGUUUUAUUGGGCGUCUACACAAGAAGAAUGCUGGAACCUCGU